CCUACUUCCUACUUGAAGAUUUUGGUUUGUUUUCCGUUACUUUACACAAUAAUAAAUUAUUAGUGCAUGUAUUGAGCAGCAUUUUAUUAAUAAAUGCCUUUAAAAUGCGAACAUGUGUGCCUAAUUAAGUUGUGCGCUAACGCAGUGGCGUGCCGAAAGUUCAUUUUUUUGUGAGCUUUUUUAGAGUGUGACUCGUCCGGGGCUCGGCGUACGGCACUGUUUCGUUUUGCGUAAAUUUGGAAAGGUCUGAAUUCGAAAAUGCAAAUUUGGAAAGCCGAAGCAGUUUUUGGGAGCGUGCCCGAUUUGAAUUAAAUGCGGGCUGUUCGUUGCGUGUAAAGUGCCAUCUCGCGUCAAUUUAUCCUCCAUCUUUGGAGUUCUUGAUAACAGGCCAAGUACGAAUAAGGUGGAGCAGAGAAAGUUAAAAGGAAUAAUAAUAAAGUGUUCUAAAAUGUGGAGUUGGGAUUAGUGUGUGCGGCGUUUACAAAAUGAAGUGUUUGGCGUGUUUAUUUUUGUGAUUUAUUUAUUUUUUUUAGUUGUCCAUUAGCUUAAGAAGAAAUGCCUGGUCCUCCUCCACCGCCACCGGCAGCACCGCCGCCAAUGUGCGCGGCUCCACCUGCCUUCAACCCGCUGUCCUCAAAGUCAUCCGGGGACAACCGUGGUGCACUUCUCCAAUCGAUUCGUCAAGGGACAAAGUUGAAAAAGGCGGCAACAAACGAUCGAAGUGCCCCCGUAGUAUCGGGUAACAAAUCCUCAAUUUCCAAUCAGUCAAACCAGAGUCCCGCCGGUAGUCAACCGUCUAAUUCCACUCCGAUGACGAACGGAAUCGGAUUAGGCGGUCUUUUUGCAGGAGGAAUGCCAAAGUUACGACCAACAGGUUUACAAAACAGUGAUACGAACAAAAAAAGUAAUUUAAGUAGUAAGUCACCAGUUGCAGAUACUCAAAGAAAUUUUAGUAAUAUUCAAAGCGAAGUUCAAUCGGCUCUCAAGAAGCAAAUGGCGAGCGAUAGUAAUAGAAAUCGGGGGCCACCGCCUCCGGCACCCGUCAGAAAUAUUAGUCAGGGGUCCGACUUUGUACAAAACGUGGCUAAAUCAUCAUACCAUGCAAGAAAUGGAAGUUCAAAUGGUUUACAUGUAAAUACUAGUUCGUUACAUAAAUCUCACAAUAAAUCACCAAGUCCGCAACUGACACCGACAUCACCUCAACCUCCGAUCAAUUUCAGCACAUUACACAUCAAUUGUAGUACAUUACAUCGAAAAGCUAAUAGUAGUGCCAAUCUGACAGUAUUUGAUUCAUCAGAAAUUACUCCUAGCAAUAAUAGUUUGCCUGCAAGGCCGUCUAAUAGGAAACCUAAUCUAGCGCCCAAGCCUCCUGUGUUAAACGGUAAACCCCAAGCGCCGCCAAAGAGAUUAAUUAUGAAUGGCAAACCGACCAGUAUAAGCAGAGCGCAAAGCAUGCGAAGCCCCAGGUCGCCCUCCCCGCAAAGUCCGGACGAUUGCCACGCUAAAUUUGGCACCGUCCGGAAUAUAUCUUCAGUUUUGGGACCGAGAAUACGACCGACGCUGAACGGCAGACCGACCGCCCCACCCCCCUCUAUUCCACCCCAGCAAACCCCGCCGCCACCGCCUAGCAAAUCAGUACCUGUCAAACCGCCGAAUCACGCACCUCCUCCCCCGCCCACGAACGCAAUCCCCCAACCGCCGAGUCACGCUCCUCCCCCUCCUCCUCACAGAACGGCGCCGGUCCGAGCGCCUCCCGCCGUGCCCGUAUCAAAUUUAAACGCCCCGCCGCCACCACCGCGACACUCCUCGAUGCGAGACGCCGCCGCGGCGAAUCGUCGAGCGCUGUACGUCGACUUGGAUCAACGAUUUAAAAAUGACUUUCGAACAGUCGACCAAUUCCCACGUCCAAGCGCCUACAGAAACGCCCUCAAGUUGUAUACAAGCAGAAGCGAGACUUGUUAAGAAGACAUUUGCAUGGCCUUACACUUUCGGAUGCAUGGCAUUAUUGUUUUUUGAGUUAACGGCUGCUACUUACUAGUAUUUUUUUUUAAAUAAAGGAGCAACCUAUUGUUUCUGACUUAGUGGUGAUGGAUUUUCUUCAUUGGUCGGUCAAGUGAUUUGUUUGAAAUUUGUUUAAAGAAACUAUUUUCAACUAACUGCUGUUGCUUUCCAUAGAUAUUCUAGAGAGGUGUAUUUUUUAACGUCUCUCUGUAUUAAUACAGUUCUAUUAAAGAAAAGUAUAGAACAAUGGGAGGAGUGGAGUGUGCUGAAAAUAAUAGUCACUCUGACCGAGUAAAUUUUUCUGUAUGCUGUAGACUGUUUCGUAGCUCAGAUUAUGACUACAUAUUUUGUUAAGAUGUAAAUUUUUUUGUAGUUUGUAAUAAGCAACAGGCGCCUCUUCCUCCCAAUCAAAUUCAUCUCAACAACAGAUUGUGGGACUCGUCGACGUGCUAGCAACGCAUUUUGCGAUGUUUUUCUUUGCUCAAGUGUCGUGCAAUUAAUCUUUCUCUUUAAUAUGAUUAAAAUUCUUUUCUUUAAGUGGCGGUGUAUUAAGGAAAAAUCGAUGUAACUUGAUAGUACAGUGGCUGUGGUAAAAUAUCAGUUUAUGUUUGUAACAUAUUUUCUGAAUGAUUAUUCUAUUUUAUCUUAAAACUACGGGAGACUGAUGGCUGAGAUAAUUAAAUGGAGAUUCGCGAUAAAUCCAAUACAAAAGAAUUAUUUAUUGCUUCCAUCUAAAAUCAAAUAUUUUUUGUAUUAAUUUAAGAAUGUAGUCAAAAGUAGGUAAAUUGUAUCGAAGAUUACAUUUAAUAUAUUAACAGUUUAUUGAUUAUCGCUCGAGAGUGACACUUCGUUUGCGCCUAAUGUUGUAUUAAAAAAAAUGGCUUCGCAUCGGAAUAGAAGUAAGCGAAAAGACUGCAUCUAUUGUCGCGAAUGAUGCAAAAUGUUGUGUCAUUAUCUUGCAGUAACGCAUUUCAAUGUAGCAAUAUUGUGAAAUUGUUGAUGGUAUAUAAAUAAUAUAUUAACACUCGUUACAUAUGUCGCAUUAAACUUUGGUUAUCUGAAACCCUCAAGUACUUACGCCCCAUUCUAACUUAUUUAAAACCACCAUUAGUAAGUUAUUUCACUAGGUUGAGUUAUGAUUUGUAUUAUUGUAUUAGUUGUAUAUUUCAACUUAUUUAUAUUGUAUUACUGGUAAUUAUUUUUACUAUUUUUUUUUGUAAGUCAUUAAAUAUUAACUAGUCAUAUUGUAACUUCUGUGUAGAUUAAACUCCAGUGCCUAACAACUCUAAAAUGUACCAAUGUACAGUUGUAAAUAAAGUGUACAGAAGUCGCAAGGUAUAA